AUGCGCUGGCGGCAAGCGGGAAGCGAGCCAGCGGGAGAGCAAGGAGCCUCGGAAGCCGCAGCGCCACGCCGGCGCUGGGCAAAUGCUGUGGAGACCCCACAGCCAAGGCCCCACCAGGGCUAUGCGUCCCUUCCUUUCGGCCCGGGAAGUUCGCCGGCCAACUGGGACGACCUGGCAGAUGGAAAUGCCGAGGGCCAGGACGACGAAGGUGAGUCCUUCAUGGAUCCUGGCAAGUCCGCAGAUGGCCGGAAGAUGUAUUUCCGAACGCUGGAUGAUUCCAUGAGAGAGCAGGGUGUUGUGGACAGUGGUGUCACUUUGGCUCCUGACGGUGUGUCGCUGUCUUCACUGGGCAUCGGCUCAAGCAAUCGUGCUCGGUUGACUGGACCAGAGGUGCACGCUGCCGAGCCUUCAGACGCGGUGACGCGGGCGGAGGAGACUUCGGCCGGCAGAAAGGCUCCGUGCGGCAGCAGCUCUGGCGCCGCGCAGCGAAACCUGCGCCGAGCCCGGCGCCGCGCAGCGCGGCGCGGGGAGGUGCCAGGAGCCGAUCCAGAGCCGGGAGGUUGCAUAGUGCUCAUCCGCGACGACUGUCGCUUGCACGACAAUCCUGCACUGCACACGGCCGCUACGAUGCACCCGUGGGUAGUUCCCCUAUAUGUGCACGACGACGCAGAUCCGUCCCCGUGGCCGGUACGCGGCGCUGGCCUGUGGUGGCGUCACGAAUCCUUGAAGCACUUUGACAGCUCUUUACGCUCGCUGGGAAGCAAAAUCGUCUACCGGAAGGGAAGACUAGUGGAGCAGGUGAUGGAUGUUUUGCUCACAACUGGGGCGACAGCACUUCACUUCAAUCUUCAGUUAGAGCCAUGGCAUCACGAGCGGGACCAGGAGCUCGAAUGCACAGCCGUGGAGAGCCUGGGUGUCGAUGUGCGGACCUUCACGGCGCUGGUCAUGAAGUUCGAGCCCUGGGAGGCGCGCCGCUCAAAAGAGGAGGGACCCAGGCAGAGGAGGGAGCCUCUUGAGGCUGUGCGCCGCCUCGGCAGCCCGCCCGAAUGGCCCUGGUCGCUACCGCUGGACGCUCUCGGAUAUGGCCGCACAGGUGGCCGGAAGAUUCCACCCAACUUCCGGCAGUUCAACGAGAAGAGGCAAGCCAUGUUGCAAGCUGGCUUUGCUGUGUUGGAGGAGGACGAUUGGGCUUACGAGAUGCGCAAGUUCUGGCCCAUGGGGGAGGCGGCCGCUAUGAAGCGCCUCGAGGAGUGGCUGAAGGAUGCUGCCUGGGGCUGCUACUUCCCACCAGGACUUCACCCACGUGAUGAGGCCGGUGGCCGCUUCCGGGCAGACAAGGCUUGGACGGCGAUGCUGAGUCCUUACAUCCGCUUUGGCGACCUUUCCGCCAGAUAUGUCGAGUGGCGAACAUGCCAGGUCCUUUCGCAGGAGUUGCGGCAGCUCUUCUUGAAGCGCGUGGUGUGGCGAGACAAGGCCUACUCUCAGCUGUACCGCUGUCCGGAUUCUCAUUCGGUCAGCAUCCGUCCUCAGUAUGAGCAAGAAGCCUGGAGUGGCACUCGACUGCAGCUUCGGCGAUGGCAGCGGGGCGAGACAGGCUACCCGCUGGUCGAUGCAGCCAUGCGCCAACUCUGGAAGGUGGGUUGGAUGUGCAACCACCUCCGCCACGUGACAGCGCAAUUCCUCAUCGAGCACUUAGAUCUGAGCUGGAAGGAAGGCUUCGCCUGGUAUGAUUAUACCUUGGUGGACACCGAUGUCGCCAUCAAUGCAAUGAUGUGGCAGAUGGGCGGUCACUCCGGGAUCGGCUCUUGGAACUUCGUGAUGCACCCCAUCUAUGCGGGCAAGAAGGUGGAUCCGGAAGGUAACUACGUCCGUCGUUGGCUGCCAGAGCUUCGAAACCUGCCCACGGAGUACAUCCACUGUCCUUGGGAGGCACCGACGGGCACCCGGAUCUCCGCCCAAGUACUCAUCAACGGCGUGUACUGGCAGCGCGCUUUUCCAGCGCUCUUCCCAAUGUACACUGUCAGCUCAGACUUCUUGCUGAACAUGACGAGGAUCGAGCCGCACGAAAAGUUGAAGGCGCGAGGGGAGCUCGUGACCUUCACGGACGACCUCGGGAGAGCAGCCUUCAUAUCACACCAGUGGCUUGCCAAACAGCACCCGGACCCUGACUUCAGGCAGAUGAGCAUCUUGCAGAAUGCCUUGAAGCGGAUUUUGAGCACGCGUUGGUCUCUCCCCUUGGACCUUGUGACAGAAGCGUUGGUGCAAACGGCCAAGCCGGUUCCAACGCAGGACUUUCAAGAGCAGCCCCUGUUCUUCUGGUACGACUACUUUUCAUGUCCACAGCUGGAGCAUCGCUUCUUCUGCGCGGAUGAAGUGGAUAGCCUCCAGCAGGCCAGUGCCAUCAAGAGUAUCCCAGCGUACGUCAGCAAGUGCCGCUUUUUCCUCGCACUUUGUCCGGUGAUCGACUGUCCAAACGAAAACAAGGCCACAAACAGCCCUGCGACGACUCGCCGACGAUCCGGAUCAAGGCAUUACAAGGUGCUAACAACAGCCACCUGGAGCAGCAGGGGUUGGUGCCGGCUGGAGCGGGCCGCACGUGAGCUGUCACCAGACACCUCAUGGGUUCUGAUUCAGAGCGAUACCUCCAUGGAAGUUGUUGGCUCAGUGACGUCCUUGCAGAGUGGCACCGUCGGGGAAGGCGAGUUCAGCAAAGCGGAGGAUUGUCAAAAUUUGGCCCCGGUGAUGCGUCAUAUCCUCGAGCAGAGGCUGAAGCACUGCCUGCGAGUUGGCGACCUUCCUGCCUUCCGACGCUACUACAACCUCCAAACGGUCCACCUGCGUGGCCUGGAGAUCGCCCCGGUACCUGGCUUUCUGCCCAGUGCAGGUGAGGAUGCCGUCCGGGAGUUCUUGCAUCAGAACGGCUUGAGACAGGUCAACAAAGCAGACAGCGCAGGAUGGUGGCCCUUGCACUACGCGGCCCUGGCCGGCAACGUAGAGGUGCUGAGAGGCCUCUUGGAGCUGAGGGCAGAUGUGAAGCGGCGCACCUCCAAGGAUGAGCCGAUCCUGGGCUUCCCUCCCUACAUGUCGGCGCUGGAGCUGGCUGUGUUCUACAAGCGAAACGAGGCCGCACAGCUGCUUCUCGCAUCAAGGGCCUCCGUUUCGGGCGUCAUCGCGCCCCCCGUCUGCGCCGCGGCGACGAAUGGCAAUGUAGAGGGCAUCCGCCUGCUCUGUGCAGCAAAGGGCAUGCCUCUGGCCCGGGAUUUGUUUGGUUCCACCAGCUUGGAAUCCGCGGCUGCGUGGGGAUCCCAAGAUGCGGUGGAGGAGUUGAUCCUACAGGGCCGCCCCACGUCGUGGCAACUCUCGCGUGCACUCUGGUCUGCCGCGGUCUUUCGGGGCGGCUCUGCAGAGCUGGUGCAGCGGCUGAUUGGCCUCCGCGCAGACAUCAACUUUCAAUUCAAUCUAUCGCGGGACUACAGUCUGCUUGCCCGGGGGUUUUAUGGCGUUAAAACGCUUCAGUACCGUCUCGGUCGGAGAACUCCGUUGACAAUCCACGCUUCUCACAUGGACGGCAGCACGCCACUGAUGCAGGCCAUAAGGACGGCUCAAUUCGAAGCCGCUGCAGCGCUGAUCGCGGCUGGUGCCCGACUGGACCUCUGCAAUGGUCGGAAGUGGGUUGCGGCGGAGUUUGCCAGGAGCCAGUCGAUCCCACGAUUCCUGCAGAUGGGGCUUGAAGGGGAUGCAUCCGAGUGCCGGAGGGUGUCGUCGCUUGCCAUGGCGGCCGAGACUGCGGGCGAGAUCGUGAUCGUGCAAGAAAUUGUUUAG